UGUUCUCUGUGACUGGUGUUUUGUUUUCCCUGAAAAUUCGUCUUUUCUCCCAACUAUCGUAUAUUUUAUGGUGUGAUAAUCCAUCUGAGUGUUGAGAAGUGUACUUAACAAUUGAAGAAUCGUCUGGAAAUGGAUCCUUUUACGCAGAGAAUCCUGGAUCGUGCGGAACAACGAAGUAAGCAACUGGGUAUCAGCAAUCCAGUGGCGAAAGUGCCUCUGGGGGAAAAUAGUGCUGAAUCGAGCCUCAGCAGUCUUGGGGGCAGCAGCAAGUCUCCCGGCCGGAAGGUCAGUUCUGAGAAGAGGGGUUCAGAUGGGAAGAAUGUGCUGACGUACAUGACCAACACGACUGGUGGGAGUGAUGCUGAUAAAUUUGAUAACAUAUCCGUGGAAAUUAACAUCACAACGGACUCAAAUGUGGGGGUGAAAUGCGACGUGACCGCUUUGGAUGUGGACUGCGAUGGCAAUGUGCUGAAGACUAAUGAGCUGCUGAAUGAAUCAACUGCCUCAAUAAUUCGAGAUGCGUCGAAGAGCCGCUUGCAGCGCUUGGGAGCGCUGUAUUCCGCUGAGCACAACAUCUCAUCGCCAAUCCACAGGACGGAAGGGAACUUCCACGAGAAGAUGACGGAAGAUGCUGAGCCGCCGCGACCGAGGAAUCGCAUGGGGAAGCUGGCGGCUCUGGCGGACUCGAUAAACCGUUGGGAGGAUCAGAAUUCGGGUGUGCAGAAGGAGAACGUGGCCAUUCCAAAAGCGACUGGAGCUGUGCCAAAGCGUCCUCAAGUGGUGGACACUCUGCCCAAGGAUGUCACCAAGAAGACGCCCACGAAGCAGCUGAAGUGGGACAAAUCGGUGAUGGAUGCUCUGGAGUCGCAGGGAUUCAAGAAGCGUGAAUCCACGAAGAAUCUCGUGUACGAAUACGGAGAGAAUGAGAAUAGAGAGCGAGAAAAUGUUCUCAAUGAGACGAGGAAGUCUUCACUGAAGAAGUCCACGAUCGAUGCGAAUCGCAACACUGAUGUGAAGGAUUCGCCCAAGAAGCUGAAUGUGACGCGAGGUUUGGUGACGGGAAGGGCGGCUCUCUUCGAGGCGAGUGGCGCGUUGUCUCGCCCAGCUAAAGUGGCAUCCAAGGAUCCUGCGGAGAUGUCUCUGAAGGAGCGAAUGGCGCUGUUUGAAAAGAAUAAGGGCGCUGCGCCAGUUCCCAGGCCAGUGGGAGUGGCUCCAGGGCCUCAGCCUGUGCUGAAGCCAGCGGAGGAGGAGAAGAAAUCCCGUCCGAACUUUGGUGGAUACAAUCAAGUUCAGAAGGCUGAAUCUAAGGCCACUGGAGGUGGUAUUAAAAACACCGUGGCGGCUCUGAUGACGUCAGGAGCCACGAUUUCCGAGAAUGCCAUCAGCCAGGAGACGAGGCGACAGCGCCAACAAGAGAUGGACAUCCUGAUGAAUCGCUUCCAUCAGACUCCGAAGUCUGACAGUGAGAAUGAGGGGAUUUCCUUGACAGAGCCGGCUCAGCCGCCUCCGCCGCCGCCGAUGCCGUCAACUUCCUUCGGAUCAGGAGGAAAGCGCCGAAGUGAUGGCGAGAAUGAUCCUGACACCAGCUCGGACGAGGUGAAGCGCGUGAAGAAGCACUCCUUGCGGAAGAGCGAUCUGUAUCCGAAUCUUGCGGAGCAGGAGUUUGCAGAGUACGAGCAAAACUGCACUACUGCCACGGUGUCUGAGGAGGAGAGCAAUGGCCAGCGGCGAUCGAAGAUCUUCGAGGAGGAUGAGAGUGCUAUGGAGUCCGAGGAGGCUGAUGAUUCCAGCAUGUUUGAGGGCAGCAUCAGUCGCGCCGUGAUGAACUCCAUCCGCUCGGCGGAGUCUUCGCGGGUGUUCUCAGUGGCGCAGGCCACUGAUAGCAGCGACGAGGAGGUGGACGAGAUGGAUGACUAUCUCGAUGAGGCACUGGACAAUUCCAUGGGAUCCAGUAAGAAAAAUACGCCGCGAAAGGGAUCAAUUUCCUCGAAUAGUUUCUCGUACAAGAGGAAUUCGCCGGCGAAACAGCUGAGAUUUGAGACUCCAGUGUCCUCGAAAAUAACAGUGUCGCCCAAGAAGUCUCAGAAGGAUGAUGAGGUGGUGACUUUGGUGCACACGGUGAGUUUCUAUAGGAAGCAGCAAUCCUCGAAAACCACGCCGCCUUGCAAGGUGAUUCGUCGCGUGGAGACUACAGAGGAUUCCACCACGGAAUCCGAAGGCUACACUGAUGAACCUGUUGGCGGCAGUCACGAAGUUUAUCUGGUGGAGAGUAAAAUUGAGCGUCUGAAGGAGGAAGUGCAGAAGCAACAUCAGAUUAUUGCUCAAGCUAGCGGAGCAUUGAAUCUCUGCGCUUCCACAUUUGAAUUCUCGGGCUCCACAGAAGCUGUGGAGGCUGAGAGACAUCUUCUGGUGGCCACGCACAGACGCCAGGCGGCUCAGGAUGAGAUUCAGCGACUCAAAGUAGAGCAGACGCUGCGCCCACGAGGAUCACCGCAGGAUCAUGGAAAGUUGACGGUGAAAGAGAUCACUUUGCCGCUGCGACAGGAUUACAUCAGGAAGUUGGCAUCGAACACCAUUUCAGGACAACACUUGAUCUGUUUGCUGAAGUACAAUGAAACUGUCAUGAGCACAAAGACAGUGAUCACACUUCCCGGACUCCUGGCCGUGAAGUUCAGCGAUGAGUUAACAAUGACCGACGUUUAUGAGGACUUUAAGAUCACACUUGAAAUUUACGGAAUGGAUGCACAGAAUGAUAUUCUUCCGCAUGACGUGAAGUAUCACAUUGCGGGCAGCAAGAAGCAGGCGUCGAAGAAGCUGACGCCUAAAGGGCGCAAAGGUGAGAAGCGUCUGGUCAUGCCAAUACCUCAAUCGCCAGCUGGACCAGGAGUUGUGCGCCGGCCAACAAUGGAGAAGCUGGGCUUUGUCAUCUUCUCCUUGAAAGACACCAAGAGGACGUCGUGGACUCUCAAUGGAGCGACUGGCGCGAGUCCUCUCGAGGGCGUCGUGCAGAUGAAAGUGGCGUGCCAAUUGGACGUGACAGUGGAUCACAAGGGCUUCCUCAACAUGUUCGAAGAUGUUGUGGGAUUGGGAGCGUGGCAGCGUCGCUGGUGUCGUCUGCGUGGACACAUGCUGAACUACUGGAAGUAUCCGGACGAUGAGAAGAGCAAGAAGCCGCCAAUGGGGAGAAUUGAUUUGUACUCGUGCUGCUCAGAAAGAGUCGAAGCGGUGCCGAGAGAUGUCUGUGCGCGCAUGAAUACGCUUUUGCUGGAGCUUAAGCGUCCGAGCAGGGAGUCUGACGAGGAGUCAUUAGUGAUUCUCAAGCGAGGAAAGAGUACAAUUGUCAGACAUCUUCUGUCGACAGAUACGAAAGCCGAACGCGAUGAAUGGAAAACGAGCUUCAAUAAGGCGCUGUCUUUGCUGAGAUCUUGGGGUCCGGCGGCGGCGGAAUAAAUGUAGAAAUGUUUGUCUAAAGACUCUAUGUGAAUCGUGUCAUUUUUCAAAGCAUUAAUUAUCUGUCGUCUUCAGGUAAGAUUUAAUCCACUACUAAUCAGCAUUAUAUCGAGCAAAAACUCUUUAUCGUAACCAUUAUAACGCAUUCAAAACCACAAAAAAUAUUGUUGGUGAUCGUAUGAAAUUGAAAAGAUUGUCUUGUUAAUCUACUUCUGUAACUGUAUUAAGGAAUUAAUAAAAGGAGAGAAUCCAUAGGAUUAUUCUCAAAUAUGUAUCU